AUGGGGGGUUCCGAAUACUCACUGGCAACGGGGGGUUCGGACAUUGAGGGUCUCGACAGCAGCAUGGCCGACAACUUUGUCCGUACCGUGCGCUACGGCUGCAACGUCGCCGUGACUCUGACCACGGUCGCCUACUUCGGCGGAUGGCCCUUCAUGCUCGGUGCCGCGCUCACGAUGAUCGUCUACUACCGCGCCGGAAGCGUCUACGGGCAGGCGUCCCGCGACAUGCGUCGCCUCGACUCUGUCACUCGCUCCCCGCUGUACUCGCUGUUCGGCGAGACCGUCAGCGGUGUCGCAGUUCUCCGUGCUUUCGGCGCCAGCACCGUCGCGCUCUCGCACAUGAUGCGCCUCAGCGACACGAACAUCCUCUGCUUUUUCUGGACGUGGACGAUCAACCGCUGGCUCUCGGCCCGCUUCAACAUUCUCUCCUCGGCGCUCGUUGGCCUUACCGCCGCCGCCAUGCUCAUGGCGCCCGUGUCCGCUGCCACUGCCGGUUUCGCCCUCGCCUUCGUCUCGACGGUCAUGCACAACCUGCUCUUCGUUGUGCGCCGCUUCGUCCAGCUCGAGCAGAGCAUGGUCGCCCUCGAGCGUAUCAAGGAGUACUCGGAGAUUCAGCCCGAGGCGGCCGAGUACGUCGAGCCUGGCCCGCCCGAGGGCUGGCCCGCCAAGGGUGAGAUUGAGGUCAAGGACCUCGUCAUCAAGUACGCGCCCGAUCUGCCCGACGUCCUCCACGGGCUCACGUUCAACGUUAAGCCUGGAGAGAAGGUUGGCAUUGUCGGCUCAACGGGUUGCGGCAAGAGCACGCUCGCCCUCUCGUUCUUCCGCUUCGUCGAGGCGACGAAGGGCAGCAUUGUCAUCGACGACGUCGACAUCAGCACCCUCGGCCUGACGGAUCUGCGCUCGCGCAUCAUGAUCAUCCCCCAGGAUCCCACGAUUCUCAGCGGUACGUUGCGCAACACGCUCGACGUGUUCGACGAGUACAGUGACGCCGAGAUCUACGAGGCCCUCCGCCGCGUGCACCUCUUGAGUGAGGAUGCGACGCAGCCGCCGGCUCCUUCUGCCGCGUCGUCGUCUGAAGCCACCGUUGUCGGCGAGCGCAACGCCAAUGUCUUCGCCGACCUCAACUACCCCGUCACGGAGGGUGGCGACAACUUCUCGACGGGCGAGAAGCAGCUGCUCUGCAUGGCUCGCGCGAUCCUGCGCCGCAACAAGAUCCUGCUCAUGGACGAGGCGACUGCGUCCAUCGACGCCGAGACCGACACGAUGAUCUCGGAAACGAUCCGGACCGAGUUCACCGACUCGACCAUCCUCACGAUCGCGCACAGGCUGCACACCAUCAUCGACUUUGACACGGUCAUCGUCAUGGACAAGGGCAGCAUAGCGGAGAUGGGAUCGCCGUACGAGCUCCUGCGCAAGAAAGGGCGCUUCUACGUCAGUGAGUUCAUCUUCCACUUGUUCACGAUCAUCGACGCUCCCAUCGAGAUCCUCGUCGCCACUGGAUUCCUCUUCCAGCUCCUUGGGACCUCUGCACUCUGGGGCCUGCUUGCCACCCUCAUCUCGAUGCCCCUCACCCACGUCGCUUCCAAGAUCGUUGUCACUGCGCAGGACAAUCUCAUGAAGGCGCGCGACCAGCGUUCGGCUCUGAUGAACGAGCUUCUUCAAGCCGUUCGCAUGGUCAAGGGAACCGCAUGGCGCAAAGUCAGUGACGAGCGUGAUCGAUGUCGGCGCUUGAAAGCUGGCGAUGAGGGAAGGGACAGGGGAGUUGGAGGAGGCGAGCUGGUGAAUGUGCCGUUCAUAAGACAAGGCGAGAUGCUGUCGUCAGUUCGCGCCUCGGUCAUUAGCUCACAGGUCCUGCGCGCACGACCAUGUUCUUCUCCAUAG